UUCGGGUUCCAUCGGACUCGCUCCGUUUCCUGGCUCGGCUCAGAGCCGCCCAGCGCCGCGGGAGGGAGACCGCGGACCCCGAGCGGACCCCGCGGCCCGGGCAGGCCGCCCCCCCAGCGCGAUGGAGAUCCCCAUGCCGGCCCCCAUCUGCCUGGUGGAGAACAGCCCGGCGGGGGAGCUGCGGGUGCAGCAGGAGGCGCUGCGGGUGCUGGCGGAGAUCUCCCAGCCCGUGGUGGUGGUGGCCAUCGCCGGGCUGUACCGCACCGGCAAGUCCUACCUCAUGAACCGCCUGGCCAGCAAGAGAACGGGGUUCUCGCUGGGCUCCACCAUCCAGUCGCACACCAAGGGCAUCUGGAUGUGGUGCCUGCCCCACCCCCGCUGGGCCGGCCACACCCUGGUGCUGCUGGACACCGAGGGGCUGGGCGAUGUGGGCAAGGGCGACGGGAAGAACGACACGUGGAUCUUCGCGUUGGCCGUGCUGCUCAGCAGCACCCUGGUCUAUAACAGCAUGGGCACCAUCAAUCAGCAGGCCAUGGACCAGCUGCACUACGUGACGGAGCUGACGGAGCGCAUCAAGGUGAAGCCGGCGGGUGGGGGCGGCCGAGAGGACAUGAAGGAGGGGGAGGAUUCGACCGAGUUCGUGCGGUUCUUCCCGGCCUUCGUGUGGGCCGUGCGGGAUUUCACGCUGCAGCUGCAGCUGGACGGGCGGGAGAUCACCGAGGACGAGUACCUGGAGAACGCCCUGAAACUAAAUCCAGGCAGCAGCGAGCAGGACCAGCGCUACAAACUGCCCCGCAAGUGCAUCCGCCAGUUCUUCCCGGCCCGGAAAUGCUUCAUCUUCGUCCAGCCGGCCAGCAGGAGGGACCUGGCCCAGCUGGAGAAGCUACGGGAGGCCAAGCUGCAGCCCGAGUUCCAGGAGCAGGUGGCCCGGUUCUGCCACCACGUCUGGGAGACGUCGAAGCCCAAGACCCUCCUGGGCGGCCACGUGGUGACCGGGGCCAUGCUGGGGAACCUGGCGGUGACCUACGUGGACGCCAUCCGCAGCGGGGCGGUGCCCUGCAUGGAGAGCGCGGUGCUGGCCCUGGCGCAGAUCGAGAACUCGGCGGCGGUGGGGGAGGCCGUGGCUGCCUACGAGGAGCAGCUGGGGCGGCCGGCGCUGCCCACGGAGAGCGUGCAGGAGCUGCUGGAGCUGCACGCCCAGUGCGAGCAGGAGGCGCUGCGGGCGUUCAUGGCGCGCGCCUUCAAGGACGAGGAGCAGCAAUACCAGCGCCAGCUGAAGGACAAGCUGGACUCCAAGCUCGCUGAGCUCUGCCGCUGGAACGAGCAGGCGUCGUCGGACCGGUGCACGGCCGCGCUGAGGAAGCUGUCGCAGGAGCUGGAGAAGCGGGUCUGCAAGGGGAGCUACUCGGUGCCCGGGGGCUACCAGCGCCUCCUGGACGACCAGCGGGAGAUGGUGGAGAAAUACCAGCUGGUGCCAGGGAAAGGGAUCAUGGCGGCCGAGGUGCUGCAGCAGUUUCUGAAGUCCAAGGAGACGGUGGCCCAGGCCGUCCUGCAGACGGACCAGAGCCUCACGGACAGACAGAGGGAGAUUGAAGUGGAGCGGGCGCGGGCCGAGGCGGCCGAGCGGGAGGCCCAGCUGAGCCAGGAGAUGCAGGCCAGGACGAAGCAGCUGCUGCAGGACCAGGAGCGCAGCCACCAGGAGCACGUCCAGCAGCUGAUGGCCAAGAUGGAGCAGGACAGGAGGCAGCUGCUGGCCGAGCAGGAGAGAGCGCUGGCCCUGAAACUGCAGGAGCAGGCACAGCUGUUUCGCGAGGGGUGCCACAUGGAGGUGGAGCAGUUGAAGAAGGAGAUUCAGAGAAUGGAGGAGAAGAGAGAGAAGGAGGAGAGAGAGAAGAAGAGACAGAAGAACGAGGGCUCCUCAUGCUCCUUGCUGUAGCCAAUUAGUUCAUUUUAUCAUCUGUUUAUCAUCUGCUAUUUCAUGUAUAAUCAUUGCAUGGUAAAUAGAUUUAAAUGGUAGGAUUAUAGAAAUA